CUACUCUUCUUAUUAAUCCCUAUUAAUUCCCUUCACCUCUCUUCUUCUCUCUCUCACUUUCUCACGCGCCAUUUAACAAAGAUAUGGUACAAGCCAAGAAGUUCAGAGGAGUCAGGCAACGCCAGUGGGGCUCCUGGGUGUCAGAAAUUCGCCAUCCUUUACUGAAGAGAAGGGUCUGGCUAGGCACGUUUGAGACAGCUGAGGCUGCUGCAAGGGCUUAUGAUCAAGCAGCCAUUUUGAUGAAUGGCCAGAAUGCCAAGACUAACUUCCCCAAGAACCAGGCUCAGCCUGAUGCCACCACUUCCACCACCCCUUCUGCUGCUUCUGCUUCUGCUUCUGAUCAUGACAACGCUUUCUUAUCUCCCAAAGCUCUUUCAGAACUCCUCAGCACUAAGCUCAGAAAGUACUGCAAAGACCCUGCUCCUUCUCUCACUUGUCUCAGGCUCGAUGCCGAUAACUCCCACAUUGGAGUCUGGCAGAAAGGUGCAGGACCACAUUCUGGCUCCAAUUGGGUCAUGAGGGUGGAGCUUGGGAAGAAGCAGACACAGAGUGAAUCAGCAUGGUCGCCCAGCAGUAGUGCUAAUGACACUGCUGGAAACAAUGGAGUAGUAGUAGUAGAAGAAGAGGAGGAGGAGGAUAGACUCGCUUUGCAGAUGAUCGAGGAGCUACUCAAUUGGAACUAGAAAUAAUCCUUCUGCAGCUUCAACUUCUUCUUCGGGUAACCCCACAAGGAAAAAAAGGAACCUUAAUCCGUGUCAUAUAUAGUUCUUGAAUAGUACUACCUCCCUUUUCUCAUUCCAUCUAUAUAUAUAUAUCUAUAUCCCUUUCAAUUCGUUUACUUUUGUGUUUCUGUAAAAAUGUUGUCAAAAGUGCUGAUAUGACGAUGGCCAGUUUGAUAGUUACUUAAUA